AUGGCUCCCAUCCAUGUAGCUGUUCUCGGGUACGGCUUCUCUGCCAAUGCCUUCCAUAUCCCUUAUAUCGUGCGUCUAUUCGAACUCCGCACCAUCCUCGACCGGGAGGUCACCCCUCAGCGCAACCCUGCGAAGGCAAAGUACGGCCCUCUCGGAGUGAAGGUCGUCACUACCCUCGAUGAGGUCAUCAACGACCCGGAGAUCGACCUGGUCGUGGUAGCAGUCAGGGACAUGGCGCAUGUCCCGUUCACUACUGCCGUCCUGAAAGCGGGCAAGCAUGUCAUCCUCGAGAAGCCUAUCACGGCUACUUCCGCCGAAGCACGUGCACUCAUCGCCCUAGCCAAAGAGAAGCACCUAAUUCUUGCACCAUACCUGAAUCGGCGGUUUGACGGCGACUUCCGCACUCUAAAAAGUCUGAUCGAUGCUGGCAAGGUGAGCUUCCUCAGUAGAUAUGAUAUUCGAGGUGACUGGCCUAUGGACCCUCCUGGUGGGAGCUCGGGUAUGAUCUAUGGCCUCGGAACCCAUCUCAUCGACCAAGCUAUCGCGCUCUACGGAGAACCCAAGACUGUGACUGGGUUCCUGAUGAAUGGGCGUAGGGAGCCACGUGAUCCACCAGAAGUCGACGACUCGUGCAUCGUCCAUCUUACCUACGCUAACAACCCGGUAGUGGUCACGGUUCGCUGCUGUUUGCACUCUGUGGCAUCACAUCAGAUCCGUUACAUCGCACGGUCCAAGAACUCCAGCUAUGUGAAAUACGGACUAGACCCGCAAGAAUCCCAGGUCAUGUUUCAAGGCCUGACGCCGCUUUCCCCCGGGUUUGGCGAAGAGCCGGAGGAGAAAAGGGGCGAAUUCGGGAUUCAGGUCGAUGGCAAGGAUACAUUCAUCAAAGUCAAGACACUCCCAGGGUGCUACCUCGACUACUACAAGAACGUCGCCUCUGCUAUCAACGGUACUGGUAGCCUGAUUGCCACUCCCGAACAGGCAGAACUGGGGAUCAGGAUUAUCGAGGCUGCCAAGUUGAGCGACAAGGAGAAGAGGACGGUGGAUUUUGCGACUUUCGGACUUUGCGACCUUCAAGGCAUAAAGCUCAGGCUUGCGAAUGCAUAUGGUUUGUAG